GUUCUCUCUUUCUUUGUUGAACCCUAUUUUAUUGUAAGACGCGGUAUGCUCAACCCACGAUCUGAUUCCGAGACUAAGCGUAAGCUGGACGAUUUUGAGGAUGAGUGGGAAAGAGAGGCUUCCUCAUCGACACGACCGGAACCACCCAACGAGUUUGCAAAACUUGCCAUAAUCCUGGAUACACAGAAUGAGCAGCUAAAGUAUGCACAAGUGCUGUCCGUAAGAACAACAGCAACAAGGAAAACACUGAUGAACUCGUGUAAAUGAGCCCUGAAAUACCAACGUAUUCACCCCUCUUUUUCUUUUCUUCAAGUAAAACGUGUACGACGUUAGAAGCCAAACUCGCCGCAUUAAAAACUUCGUUGCUUGACGUUGACCAGGAACUCAGUGAUGAAAACUGCCGAAUGGAUCGUCAAAGUAUCGAAUACGACAGAUCGCUCUUUGCAACACUAGAACUCGCGCGAAAGAUCUUUGCGGAGGAUCAUGACACAGAACAGCCAUCUCUUUGCGGUGAUACACAUGGUUUCAACGACUACUUGAGUGUUGAUAAACGCCUCUACGACAACUUGAGCCACGCACUUUCAAAAUUACGCGAUCAAUUGCCGUUCCUGGAAGCUAAUAAUAAUGCAACGAAUGAUGCAGGCGAUGCUAUUGAGAAUUUGGUAGCAGAUUAUAUGCGCAAUGAACUGUCCCACAUCAAAACCAAAGCACAGCAGAAAGGAUUAGAAGCGCGAGUUCAGAGUCUUGAAAGGGAUCUGAAGAAACUGAAAGGCCUUCCGCAAGUUAUCCCGAUACUCAAAUCCAGCAUUGAGGGAUUUGGGGACACUAUCAAAAAGGAAGCAGAAGAGCAGCGGAGGAUACAACACCGAGAUAUUGAGCCGUUAUUGUCAAAACUCGCUGAUGCAACCAUCAGAACACCAUUGACUAUUGCCAAAACGAGUGAUGACUACGAGCUGCUACAACAUUACUCAGCAAAUCUCGAUGUUCUGCUGGAUACUUUAAAGCAACAACGAGCUAUGCAAAAGCUUGUUAGCUACGCAUACCAAGUCGACAAUCACUACCAUCAACAACGUAUCAGUGUUUUGGAUGCCUUGUCGAGUGAAGCUGCUGAAGAAAAUGACAAUUACAAGCAACUGCAAUCAUCAAUCUCUAUGGACAAACGAAAACCAUCCCUUUCCUCUGAUGCCCAGCUGCGGGAUGAAAUUAUCAUUGCUCAGAUCGACGAUCUGCUAUGUCAAGCGAAACUCGACUCUUUACCAGGAUUACGAAGGAGAUCGUUCCAAGGCUCUUCUAUACUUACCAAGCUCAACGCAAUAUUGCAUUACGAGAAGAAAUGGACAGAACAGUGGUCAAACAAUUUUAACUCUACUUUAGACGCUGCUUGUGCUCUCGAUGAGUCCAAAGAAGGGUUAAUGGAUAGCUUAUACGAGCAUUCUCAUACGCGGGACAACCUGAACAUGAUGCCAUCGUCGUACACGGAACUCCAAAGUGAUCUUGAACUUCGCACCCAAGAAUUGGAGGACACUUUAGCUGAUUUGGAAAACGCUACCAAGGUUGAUGAUAAGUUUCCAAGAAAAAAGCAGCUGUUUUCGACAUUCUUCACCGAUCCGAAUGCAUUUGGCGAAUUAUUACGGUCGUCUCGUCGAGUAUCCCAACCACCACCACCACCACCACCUUCUUAACUGUACAUGGAGCCACCGAUUCAAGAACAAUUGUAUAUAAUAUUCACAUACUUAGC